UUGAACGCAUCAGUAUGGGAGUCAUAAUGAUGAACUGCAUAACACUUGGAAUGUAUAGGCCGUGCCUGGAUCAGGUCUGUAACUCUACAAGAUGUAAAAUGCUUGAGCUUUGCGACCAUUUUAUUUUUGUCUUUUUCACUGUGGAAAUGAUUAUCAAAAUGAUAGCUAUGGGACUCAUUGGAAAAUUAACCUUUUUGGCUGAUUCAUGGAAUCGGCUAGACUGUUUCAUUGUCCUGGCAGGAGUUGCAGAGUAUAUUUUGACCAAUUCAGUGGAAUAUGCAGUAGACACAGAAAACCUCAGUAUAUCUGCAAUCAGAACCAUACGAGUAUUGCGGCCGCUUCGAGCAAUCAACCGUAUUCCAAGUAUGCGGAUAUUGGUAAUGCUGUUGCUCGACACACUCCCCAUGUUGGGAAAUGUACUUCUGCUUUGUUUUUUUGUAUUUUUUAUUUUUGGAAUAAUUGGUGUACAGUUAUGGGCUGGUGUGCUCCGAAAUCGUUGUUUCUUAAACCUCAGUGCAAAUAUAUCGGUUCCAUCAAAAAUGAAUGUGAGCCCAUAUUACAAACCUCGGUUUGGAGACUACAUUUGCAGUAAACCUGGUGAAUCAGGAAUGCGAAAAUGUUCGAAUUUACCCUUAUUUUCUUAUGAAGGUAUAAAGUGCAAUGCAAGUGCCAAGGCCAACAAUAACAAUAAUCCUGCAAAUGAUUCUUGUGUCAACUGGAAUCAGUAUUACACAAGCUGUGAAACGGGGGACAAAAAUCCAUUUAGGGGGGCAAUAUCUUUUGAUAACAUAGGUUUAGCAUGGGUUGCCAUUUUUCAGGUUAUAAGUCUAGAGAGCUGGGUAAACAUUAUGUACUAUGUACAGGAUGCACACUCAUUUUGGGACUGGGUCUAUUUUGUAGCAUUAAUAGUGAUUGGUUCUUUUUUUAUGAUAAAUUUAUGCUUAGUUGUCAUAGCAACACAAUUUUCUGAAACGAAAAAGCGUGAAACUGAGAGAAUGUUGCAAGAGAGAAAACGUUUCCAAUCAUCAAGUACAUUAGCGAGUAAUUCCGAACCUGGAAGUUGUUAUGCCGAAAUUCUCAAAUACAUUGCACACUUAUGGAGACGAACGAAACGGAAGAUUAUGAAACGAUAUUUUGAUUCUCGGGGUAAACGUCAGAGGAAGAUUAACCCCGAAAAAGCAAUAUCUUUGCAACGAAAAAAAAUGAAAAAGAAAGGGAUGCAACCAACUAUGUACCUCCAUCGCCCUCACUAUCGCCAUCACAUUCACUCUUGCCUUAUUGCUAAUCUGGACAACCAGCAGUUACACACAGACAACAGUGCUCAGGCACCCAGAGCAAGCCCAGAAGUAUCUGAUGUAGACCCUGUCUCAUCACCACGUAGGCCCAAUUUUUUGACAUUACCAAGUAGCAACAACAGCAGUUUGAACCCUUCAUCUGAGUCUUUAGUGCCAAACCCAUCUGGAAUUAUCUGUAGUGGUUGCCAGUCUGCAGCAGGGUCCAGUCUUGGUCAACCAAGUGAUCUGACCUCAGGCCAACCUUACAAACCUGCAUCCACAUCAAAUUAUUUGCACAUGAUUUCAUCUGCAGGUCCGUGUGUAACGGUUAGCCGAGCAGCAUCAUUCAACAGUGGAAUGAGUCAAAGAAGUAGCCGAAAUGUACCUUGGUUACCUGAAGUUUUAACUGUACCUGGCAGUAAAAAUACAGCCUUAGCACCUCCUAAUGCACUAACAUCAGAUCUUGAUGUUAAAUCCCAAUCUGUAAGCGAACAAGGAGCCCUUGCUGAAAGUCUCCUUGUUGAUAUCUUGGGAGAAAAGCGCUUGUCUGCUCCUCAGCUCACAUGCACUCACAAUGAAUGUGAUGCACAUCUUAGUCAUUUCUCACAUUCUGAACAAGAGGUGACAGACAGUGGCGAAAGUGACAUAGAAGGAGAGUGGAGAGAAGAAACAGUUAUACCAAGCAAGUGGAAAAAAUUGAUGAAAAGUGAAAUUUUAACAAAGUCACAAGGAUACUUGAAGAAGGCAGUGGAAAGCAAAAUCUUCCAGAGGGGAAUAUUACUUGCCAUCUUAAUCAAUACACUUAGUAUGGGAAUUGAAUAUCAUAACCAGCCAGAAGAAUUGACACAAGCAUUAGAAUACAGCAAUAUAGUCUUCAGUUUUCUUUUUGCUGUUGAGAUGCUGCUCAAAGUUGCAGCGUAUGGUCUUUUUGGAUACAUUAGUGACGGGUUCAAUUUAUUUGAUGGUUUUAUUGUAGUAUUAAGCAUCAUAGAACUUGCACAAGACGGUGCUGGAGGUUUAUCAGUUUUACGUACAUUCAGAUUACUGAGGAUUCUGAAAUUGGUACGCUUCCUUCCUGCUCUCCGAAGACAACUCAUUGUCAUGUUAAGAACCAUGGAUAACGUUGCUACUUUCUUUGCACUACUUAUUUUAUUUAUGUUUAUAUUCAGCAUCCUUGGAAUGAACUUAUUUGGGUGUAAAUUUUGUGGCCAGAAAAGGAUAAUGUCCACGCAGACGUACUCAUAUGCCCACCACAACUGUAGUCGAAAGAAUUUCGACUCCUUACUCUGGUCAAUCCUUACUGUGUUUCAGGUUCUUACACAAGAAGAUUGGAACACGGUCCUAUAUAAUGGGAUGGAUAAAACGUCCGCAUGGGCAUCCCUUUAUUUCAUUGCGCUAAUGACUUUUGGAAAUUAUGUGCUCUUUAAUCUCCUUGUUGCUAUUCUCGUCGAGGGGUUUUCUACAGAGGAAGAUGAGAAAAAAAGAGAAAAAGAUAAGAAUAAAAUGACUGAAAAUAAUAAUAAUGAGGAAGUGAAGGAAUCUCUGCAAAUGAAUGAGUGUGAGAUUCAUGAAAAAAAUAAUCAAGAAAAAGAAAAGAAGAUGUUAGCAUUGCCUUGUGCAGGUGCAACAGAUCCUUUGACUUCCUCAAUGAAUAUGUGUUUAUCACGAGAACUAGCAGCGAUACCUUUGCCUGAUGGUCCAGGCAACCCUCCUAUCAUCACACAUACAGCAGCAACACCCAUGGCCACACCCCAAGGUUCCCCGAACGAGAUGCUUACCAAAGACACUAACAAUAAAUUAUCUGUAAUCAGACCAGUACUUCAGCGCCAAUCAACAGUUCAUCGGAGCUCCUUAUCAGUUGAAUCCUCCGAUAGAUCAUCAGUUUCACUUAGUUUCCGAGGUUCACCAAGACCAUCCCCCCGUCUCCGUCGUACAAGCAGUCGAGGAAGUACUCGUAGCAGUUGGCGCUUGAAACAUAGAAAGAAAGAAGGUGACAAGACUAAUCUUAUGAUUGACAGUCCAUCCGACAGUACAGAUGAACUUGAAGAUGAUGUCUUUAGUAACAAGUCAAUAUCUCCAAUAUACAGCCCAGGAACACCUAAAUCUGCCACAAAUCACAGCUUUUCAGUCACCUAUAUCUUCAGUGAAUGUAAUGGCCAACCCCCUUUGAACAAUCAACGAACUCUCAGUCCACAGAAUUCUAUCAAAAGCCAGCAUGCAUUAAGUCGACAAAACUCUAUCAAAAGCCAUCAUUCUUUUACAUCCAAGAACUCAAUAAGAGGCAAUCGCAGCUGGAGCCGAAAUAACUCAAUCAGUAGUUCAUAUAGUAUUCAUCGGUCAUUCAGUCUCCAUCGUGAAAAUUCUCUCAAAAGUCACCACACACACAACUCCACUUCCAGCAGUACAUUCAAAGAAGAAUACAAAUUGAACAAUUUAAGCUCUGAACUGCCUGUUGCGAAAACAGCAGCUGAUAAAUGUCUUGAAGAACUUGAAGAUGACCCAGAUGCUAUUGAUGAAACAAACUGCGUUUGUUCAUGGUGUCCAGAACCCAAAGGAUGUUUUAAAGAAAGGGAAGAAUAUGCUCUCUAUGUGCUUUCACCUUCAAACACAUUAAGAAGAUUGUGUCAUCAUAUGAUUUCAAGACGCUGGUUUGACUACUCAGUUCUCUUUUUCAUUGCUCUAAACUGUAUAACACUUGCAAUGGAAAGACCAAACAUCUCAUCAGGUAGCACAGAGCGAUUAUUUCUAACUUAUUCUAAUUAUGGCUUUACUGUGAUAUUUUCAUUGGAGAUGACAUUAAAAGUUCUGGCCAAAGGCUGGAUAAUAGGAAGACAUGCAUAUUUGAAAAGUGGCUGGAAUAUAAUGGAUGGUUUUUUAGUAAUUAUUUCCCUUAUCGACAUCACUAUCUCUUGUACGGCACAGAGUAGUCCAAGAAUCUUUGGAAUUUUACGAGUGUUUAGAUUGCUACGAACCCUGAGGCCACUACGAGUGAUCAGCCGAGCUCCAGGGUUAAAAUUAGUAGUGCAGACUCUAUUGUCCUCUCUGAGACCGAUUGGAAACAUCGUGCUUAUAUGUUGCACAUUCUUUAUCAUAUUUGGAAUUUUAGGUGUGCAACUUUUUAAGGGAACAUUUCAUUAUUGUCAUGGUCCACACGUCCAGAAUGUUACCAACAAAACGGACUGCAUGAAAGAUCCUAGAAACCGUUGGCGCAACCAAAAGUACAACUUUGAUAACUUAGGCCAGGCUUUGAUGGCUUUGUUUGUCCUGGCCUCAAAAGAUGGCUGGGUUAGCAUUAUGUACACAGGCUUAGACGCCGUCGGAGUGGAUCUUCAGCCAAAAGAAAACUACAAUGAAUGGCGCCUACUCUAUUUCAUUUCCUUCCUCCUUCUUGUUGGCUUCUUUGUAUUAAAUAUGUUUGUUGGUGUUGUUGUUGAAAAUUUCCACAAGUGCCGUGAAAGCCAAGAACAAGAGGAGAGAGCACGAAGAGAUGCAAAACGCAAGCAGAAAAUGGAGAAAAAGAAGAAAAAAUUGCGGGAACCACCAUACUGGGCUUCCUAUUCACGUGCAAGACUAUUGAUACAUACUGUAAUCAACAGUAAAUACUUUGAUUUGGCCAUUGCGGGUGUGAUUGGUCUCAAUGUCAUAACUAUGGCAACAGAGUAUUAUCUUAUGCCAGAAGGCUUAGAGUUUGCUUUGAAAAUUUUUAACUAUUUUUUUACCAGUGUUUUUAUUUUGGAAGCCACUAUGAAAAUGGUAGCACUGGGCUUCAUGAGAUACAUGAGAGAACGUUGGAAUCAGUUAGAUACAGCAAUUGUGAUUUUAUCUGUGGUGGGAAUAGUUCUAGAAGAAAUGGAAAGUAAUGUAAUUCCAAUGAACCCUACAAUCAUUCGUGUCAUGAGGGUGUUACGAAUUGCCAGAGUUCUAAAACUCUUGAAAAUGGCAAAAGGAAUCCGUGCCUUGCUAGAUACUGUGAUGCAAGCCCUACCACAAGUUGGAAAUCUUGGCCUAUUAUUUUUUUUACUAUUUUUUAUUUUUGCUGCUCUUGGAGUUGAGCUGUUUGGAAGAUUAGAUUGCUCAGAAGAACAUCCAUGUGAAGGACUCGGGGAUCAUGCACAUUUUAGGCAUUUUGGAAUGGCAUUUCUCACUUUAUUCCAAAUUGCAACAGGAGAUAACUGGAAUGGAAUCAUGAAAGAUACCUUGAGGGAAGAUUGUGAUGCAUCUGACGACUGCGAAAAGAACUGCUGUGUUAGCCCCAUUAUUGCUCCCGUUUACUUCGUCGUUUUUGUUUUGAUGGCGCAGUUUGUCCUAGUCAAUGUUGUCGUCGCAGUUCUCAUGAAGCAUCUCGAAGAGUCUCACAAGCAUAUGGAUGAGGAUGCUGAUUUUGAAGCUGAACUUGAGGCUCUCAGCAAAGCACAGGAACAAGCAGCACUUAACAAUUUAAAAAAUCCUAAACCAAUACAAGAAAUUGAGGAAAAACCAUCGAUAGUAAUGACAACAGUCGCCGACACGAUGCCUUCUGUCAACACAGGGGACACACUUGAAGUGACUUGCAUAGAAGAAAAUGAAAAUGAAUUGAAAGUGAGAAAUGCUGUAACCAAGCAAAUUUCACUGCCUCCAAAUUUUACCUUUAAUGUAAGACCCCCAAGUGGUGAGCCACAACUGCUCGAUGAUAAUGAUGAUGCUACACCAGGAACAAGUACUGGAAUAGGUCUUUAUUGUGGUCCUGAUUGUUCGUCUUUAGCCGUGGAUAAUUCAGCUUUUCAAAUGAUGUGUCCAACAACCUACAGUUCGUCAACAUCGUCAAGCUCAGGAUCAAAUAGUGCUUUGAAAGGAGUAUAUAUACAAACAAUUCCUACUGAUCGAACAGACCAAGAUCUAGACCAAACAAAACAAUUAACUGCUACACCUAGGAGAAAUUCUCUUAAGUGGCCAUGGAAUUUUGUCAAUCAAAGUUUUCCUAACGUACAGCAUUCAUCUGAUGGAGAGUUUGAUCCAAGACACAGUUCUCAACAACAUGCACGUUCACACCCUCACCUUGGACAUAAUUUAAAUUUUUUAGAUAUUAACAAAGUUGACUCACCCUCUAAACGUCAUUCACGUCACUUACUUCGGAGUCAAAGUACUGGAGCCAAAUAUACAAGAAUCAGAGAUAAAUUCUUAAAAACAAAAUGCGCAUCAACAGAAGAUAGUACAGUUGCUCUUUUUCAUUCGAAACAGCAGCCACACUGUACUUAUGGACAAGAUUCAGUGGAAUCAGCAUCUGAGUUUGAUGAAACAAUGUCAAAUGAUUGGGCUGAUGAAGAAGCUGAAUGUGAUGAAGAGGUUAAAAAAAUUACUGGGGAAGAAGAGGAUGAUGAUGUGAAGCCAACACUUAGUGUUUAUGCAUCACAAGAGUCUGGAAAUGUAUUCUCAGAACUUUCACAGCAUUCUCCCUCACUGACUCUAACUGAGAUAAGUGACAGCACACAGCUACUUCACAACAUAGGUUAUAAUACUGAACACUUGCAACAGUGUCAAUCAAAAACUGGUACUGCUACCUCCAGCCGAGAAAACAAUUUGCACAUGUUAGACUAUCCUUACCAUUCUCGAGGCGGAAGCAGUCAGCCGGGAAUUGAUAACUCUAGUUUUGUUUUGGGGGAGACAUCAAAUAACUCAAAUGAUACAGAGGGGGCUGCUGGAACAGGUUCGUCUCUUCUGGAAUCCCAGUCAACGCACUCUGAUGUGGAACUUGCUGCUGAACCCAAAGACUUUCUCCCAACUGCCACCUUAAAAGCAAGUAAUGCUACAAGCAGCCCAAGCAAUGUCCAUGUCAGUGACAAUACUCCUGUUCCCAGCACAUCAGUAGGACUAACUAAUUUGUCAGUUGAAGAGACGCACUUGAUGGUGCCAUCAUCACAGCAACAGGUGCAACAUUCUAUUCCAACACUGCCCUCUCGUAGACUUAGCUGUGUCAGUUCAACAAGUUCUUCACUCGAACAAUUUUAUGAUAGUGCCACUAACCCUGGUUAUCAAGGUGAUGAACUUGUAUGACAAAUGCUUUUCUUCUUUGUGUCCAUUGUAUUUCAUUGUCUAUCUAACAUCUACUUACCUAUUUAUUUAUUUAUCCUCUUUAAGUAUUCCUUAAUGUUUUAUUUAUUUCUACUCUCAGUUAUCUAUUGUUUGAAGUUUUGUUUCUUUUUUUAUUUCUCUAUAACUGUAUCAAUUUCAUUGGUAUCCUUCAGAAUUUCUUUCUGCUUUUGUUUUGCAAAUAUUUCUAGGAUUUUAAAUAUCUAUUUUGUUAGAAUGUUUCCUUUACAUCGAUAUUCCUUGGAUUUUCUAAAAAAAUUCUUCAGAGGAAAAUAAUGAAAGAAGAAAAAGCAAAAUAUAAAAUACUGUAUGAUGAAUUUAAAAGAAAAGAAACAUAAAACAACUGUUUUAAUUUGAAAUAUUUUGAUGAAAGAAUAUAUAUAUGAGAUAUCUCUUGAAGCAAUUAGAUACAAAAUACAAAAAAAUUCUCACAUGGUCAGUCACUCCAAACAAAUUUUCAACUAGUAGAGAUUCAUAAAAUUCUUACUUAAUUAUUUGCCAUCCUUUAGCAAAAUAUGAAACUAAACUCACGCUAUCCAAUAGGUUUACAUGUGUAUGUGUAUGUGUACAUGCACAUACAGCCAUAUAUGCACAAACAUACACUCACACACACAUACUCA